AUGGUGAGGCAUCGGUUCGUUGCCGUGCUCCUCAUGGGGGUAGUGGCAGCCUCCGCUUUCCACCAAGCAGCCGCUGCUGGCCAAGGCCUUGCUGCCAUUGAGAAGUUUGCAGAUCCAGAGCCAAAGCCAAAACCCAAACAAGAGCCAAUGCCAAAACCUAUGCCACACUCAGAGCCGGAGCCCUGCAAACCUGAACCGAUGCCCAAACCCAAACCGAAGUCUGGACCCAAGCCUGAACCCAAAACAAAGCCCGAGCCGAUGCCAAAACCGAAGCCAAAGCCCAAGCCCAAGCCUUGCUCCAAACCAAAGCCAAAGCCUAAGCCCGAUCCAAUGCCAAAACCUGAACCAAAGCUGGAGCCCAAGCCUAAACCUGAACCGAAACCGAAGCCGCCUCCGAAGUGCAAACCACCAACCACUCACAGUUGA